UUUUGGAGGAUGUCGGUUUGGGUAUUGGAGGUCUUUCCAAGCAAAAGUGCAAAACAGUGCCCUGUUAGCUAAAUGGGGUUGGAGAUUCGGCUGUGAACCGCAUGCCUUAUGGCGAAAGGUGAUAGAAAGUUUGUAUGGUUCCUCUGAGUUAGGUUGGUCUUCCGGUUCUAUGUUAAAUGGCUGCCUUAGAAGACCUUGGAUCAACAUCUCUCGCCAAUGGAGCCAUUGGAAUCAGUUUGCGGGUUUUAAGCUUGGGUCAGGAGAUAGCAUCUUGUUUUGGACUCAUGAAUGGAUUGAAAAUCAGCCCUUAAAGGAUAGAUUCUCAAAGAUCUAUCAAAUCUCCACCAAUCCUUCCGGAUCAGUAGUUGAGUUUUGGGAUGCACAGACCCUAUCUUGGAGAAUUUCUACAAGACGAGCUCUAAAAGAUGAUGAAAUAGAGGAGUUCAGUGUACUUUUAUAUCUUCUGCAUUCUCAUUCUCCUUCCAAUGAAUUGGAUAGGAGACUUUGGUCACUUGAACCUUCGGGUAUGUUUUCAGUUGCAUCAAUUAGUAAACUAUGUAGUGCUUCUUCAUUGCCAAAGGCCUUAUUUAAAGCUAUCUGGAAAUCCAAAAGUCCUAAAAAGGUCCUGUUUUUAACCCACAAGUCUCUUUAUUAUGGAUCAAUGCAGUCAAGGCAUUGGUGUACGAAGUUUGGUACGAAAGAAAUCUUAGAACCUUUGAAGGAAAGAAGCAGUCCCCCACGGCUCGUCUUGACAUCGCUAGAUUUAAAGCUUCUCAAUGGAGCUCCCUAUCUCCUUUAUUUAAAUCUUAUUCCCCUAGUCUGAUUUGCUCGAAUUGGAAUGUUUUUAUGGCAGUUUUUUAAGAUUUUAGUUUAUUUUUGUUUCAUUUCAAUUUUCACUCUUUCGAGAGUUUGUA